AUGGAAAUUUCGGUGAAGUCAGCAUGUUUAGAAUGUAUUGAUGAAAUCAAUGCAUCACCACUUAGACCAUAUGUAAUUGAAAAGAUUGAGCAAUAUACAAAGAUAAAUUCUCACGUUUUAACACUUGACCAAAUCAAAGAGAAUAUACUUUCAAAUAUUUAUCAUAAUUUUCUAGAAUUUAUACACGAUAUGAAUAGGUCAUUCACAGAAUCAAGUAGAUUCUAUGGAAAAUCAACAAAAAUCGGUUUAAUGAUUUCAACAUUGGGUCAAAUAUUCGAAGAAGCGAUCGAAAAGAAGCAAUUAGCAUACAUUAAGAAAAAUACUAAACCUACAUUUGAUUUUCAGACAUUAUUAACUCAUCUUCACGAAUCUAUUGUAAAUGCACCAAUUUCAAAGAUCCAAUUUAUUGUCAAAGAUUCACAAGACUUAAUAUGCGCAAGGCUUAGGCCAGUUGAACAAGAAGAAGAACCAUAUUUUGAUGAUACAAUUUUAUCAAACUUCUGUCAGUAUUUAUAUCGUUGUAGAUCAGACGAAACAGUGCAAAAGUAUAUUUCCAUAUUUCAAGACCUUGAUCCUGAUAUUGAAAGAACAGAAUCGACAAUUACAAUUGAUCUUGGCUUUAUGACAUCAUACGCACUCAAUAUAUUACGACAUGAAAUCGAAAAUGAAAACAAAAACAAAAACAAAAAAACUGUAGAUAUCCCAAAUCCACAAAUAACUCCUGAAUAA